GAUGUCAGCGCGAUUGAGAAUAAAAAAAAACUAUAGUCUCCGAUGUUCAACUACGACUAUGCGGUGGGGCUUCUGUUGCUUUGCUGCGUAUCUGUCGCGAGCUCGUUUAGACUCGCCGCAUACAUUUCUUCCGGUGGUCUCCAUGGAGAAAUUAGAUUCGAAAGAACUGGCGAAUCUUCAGUGCGAAUACGAUAUUCUCUAAAACCGACGUUGCAGUAUCCGGAUCAGCAAUGGUUGUGGUCGGUUACUCAGUUUCCCGUCGAUUACACGAUAAUCGAUGACAGAUGCGACAAACGGCACGUCGGAGAAAGCAUAAUCGAUUUGACGGAAAAAGUCGGGCCCCUUGAGUUGCCAACAAAUCAAACGGGUUCGAUAGAAGUCGCGGAUUUAUCUUUAACCGGAGAAAUGGGUUUGUGGGGAAAAGGUUUGCUGUUAAAAGAUACUUAUUCGUCGCGAACAAUAUGCGCUUCUAUCACGGUUCUCGAGAAAAACAUUGAGAAACUCGCUCAGGCCCGGUUUUACAGUCCCGUAGCUGGAACGGUGCUGUUUCGAUGGUUAGGCGUUCAGAUAGACGAUAAGUCCACCGAUACGAUCAUUCAUACGAAUUUGCAUUAUUCUUCCAAACCGAACACACAGUUGGCGCUAAAUUACACGGAACAUCAUUGGAAGAUUUACGUCACAGAUAUCUUCGAAAGCGGCAAAGACAACUGUAAUAUACUUCAAAGUGUAUUCGAUCCGAACGAUUCCGGCGUCGGAGAAUCCAUCGGGGAUAUCGAUGUGCGUUUGGGCAAAGUCAAGGUUGCCGUAACUACAAAAGAAAAUUACAAAACUUUCUAUAGAGAUCCGGAACUGUCUCUGCUGUCGGCAGAUUUGCUCAGUCCGCAUCGUCAUUUGUAUCUGGUCAUCUUUCAUCCGAUACAUCAGGACUCGUUUUUGGCUUGCGCCAAAAUUAAUCAUCGCAAACCAAUACACACCAAGGCGGUAAUCAAUUCGAACGGAAUCAAAGGAAAAGUUACGGCAAUUCAGGAAACGCCGUUCGAUCCUACAUGGGUUAACGUCUCUCUGACAACUAUAAACGAUUUGGAAGCCAGAUUGCGAUACGCCACCAAAGUGGCGUCAUACAGAAUUCACGAAUUACCUCCGGAAUCGACAAAGAGCGUGGGAAUUACUGUCGAUCCGUGUUUAACUACAAAACGCCUGUUCAACCCUUUGAAUAUCGACGAGAAGACUAUACCACCACCAGGUUUAGGCACUCAGGAUCAAUAUGCUAUUGGCGAUCUGUCCGGUAAACUCCAAGGUCGAAAAGAAGGAUCUUAUCAUACUGAUAUUUUACCCGGUAGCGCAAAGCUCAGUGGCACAUACUGGGACGUGUAUCUACCGCUUUCCGGAGUUCACAGUAUUGUUCAUCGGUCUUUGGUUGUUUAUAAAUACAAUGAGACUGACAACAAAAGCGUGAUUCCAUGGGUUUGUGGCACGUUCACGCUUUAUGUGCCCCAUACCGACUGGCAAAUGCCCAUGCAAACGGCAGAAGUAGUGUUCAGGUAUCCUAUAGUCGGCCACAUACUUUUCCGACAGCCGAAGGAUGAUCCCGAAACAGACACUACCAUAAUAAUCGAACAUCUUGUUCACGCAGACGGCAAUAUAAUAAAUAACACUGCUGGUCAUAGAUGGAUGGUGCAUGACAAUCCAGUGGGUAAAGACUUUUACAAUUGGACAGCUCGAUGCUUAAGUGCCGGAUCACCUUACAAUCCGUACAAAGUGGAAUGGAGUCCAAGUAGCUCUUGUCUCGUCUCGGAAACGUCGCUGUGUCGUUUGGGCGACUUGACGCGACAUGGAACGCUCGAAAUCGUCGGCAAAAAAGUUAACGCUUCGGAACUAACUCGAAAACUUUUUACGGACACGAUGUUACCGUUGUCGGGACAUCACACGUUGUUCGGCAAAAGUUUAGUUAUUUAUGAUGAUCACGGUCCAGUUGCUAGAGGAGAUCGGCUGGCUUGUUCCACUAUCAGCGGAGUUUAUCGGCGUAAAGCGGUCGCCAAAGAUUGGUUCGGCAAUGGAGAACAAAUAUCACUAAGAGGAAAAUUGGAAUUCUUGCAACAGAGCGAAUACGAUAUCACUAGUGUGGAUGUCUCUCUUGAAGGUAUCGGCGGAAAGAUGAGCGAAUAUCACAUACACAUGACUCCUGUAGAAUACGACUUGGAGUUUCCGUGCGAAGAAACAUCGCUUUAUGGACAUUGGAAUCCACUGUACGUCAAUAAGACAGACGUUCCGAUGGAAGAGGGUACGCUCGAUCAAUAUGAGAUGGGCGAUUUAAGCGGGAAAUUCGGUUCUUUGGACAACAAAAAACGACAUAUGGCAACGUACAAUGACACGAUGCUACCGCUGUUCGGUCCGAGAAGUGUGCUGGGACGCAGUAUAGUAAUUAACGCGAAACAAAAGAAUACAAGAUGGGCGUGCUCGACUAUCGAGAGAGGAUACUCUCCGACCGAAGCCAGUGAAUUACGGGCCAUCGCGUCGUUUCAUCAUCCACAAGGCUUCGUGUACGGUUACAUAAAAAUGACACAGCUCGUCUAUAAAGACGGUAGUCAGAGUGAGACGAUAAUCGAAGUGAACCUGCGACAUCCCGGGAAACACGAUCGCAAUAUUACCAGAAAUCACAACUGGGCAAUAUACGUAAAUCCUGUGGGUGUGGACGCCGCGGUGAAGGUGAAGAAUACCCGGUGCGUGGCGGGUGGAUACGUUUGGAAUCCCUAUUUUACUCAACUAGCCGAUCCGUUGAAUGAUGAUCUUUACCGAGAGGAAUGUGGUCCGGAUCUGCCGCUCAGAUGUUACGUCGGUGACAUAUCGUCUCGUUUAGGACCGAUUAACGUGGGAGAAAAACGACAAGUGUUCACAGACCCGAAUUUUCCUCUGGGUGGAAAGAUAUCCGCGCUAGGCAGGUCUAUUGUUAUUUUCGAUAAGGACUUUGGCAGCAACAGAUUUUCGUGCGCGAACAUCGAACCUGACAACAACAUCGUGAAAUACGCGAACAUUAGGAAACCACCGCGAUUUGUGGUAGCGCAAUUUUUGGAGGAUGUGAGAAAAGUAAUGGGAAUUCCCGAGUGGAUGCUGUCUAUUGACAAUAGACAGACAAAGAUAUUGCACAACGGCGCGUGUAUUCAAUUUCUAAUGCAUUUUAAAGGUCCGAUUGCCAGCAAAUUGGAGCAAGACUUUAGCAGACUUAUAUCAAUUGGCAAACUCGAAGCUCCGAGUUUAUACAUUCCAGGAUAUAUACCCACAAAACGAAAAAGUACAUUGGGGCAUCGACAGUGUGGUGUGCGCGAUCCAAAUGACAAAGGCUUUUCCCUCUAUAGUAGCUCCUCCAUUUUGUUUUCACCGGAAGUAUUUGUAAUACUCUCUUCAAUAAUAAUGAAUGUGAUAAUGUAAUAAGAAAUCUAGUUUAGACAGUUUUUUUAUAAGCUUAUUGUUAAGAGCGCGCGAUAUGUGGGAACAUGUGGCGUUCCAUAAAUGAGCUCGCGUUUGUGUAUGUAUGUGUGUCGAAAAACUAUUUUUGGUCACCACGUGCUUGAAGUAUGCUGCAAAUGCAAGAGGUGACAUAAUUUUGAGUGAUACUGUUUGUACAUUAUUUAAAUCACAUAUAUAGAAUUAAACAUAUAAAGUGUAUAUUAUAGAAGUUGAGUAUCGGAACACAUUUUUUUAAAGAGAACUAAGAAAAGAGCAUUGAAAAACAAAAAAACAAAAUGAUAUUUUAUAUGAUCGACGGUGUCCAUGAUAUCGUCUUGCAAUAAAUGAUUUAAUUGUAAAGCACAGCGAGAAAGGAACACAAUUCAACAAUUUUUCAUUUCACAAUUGUCCAAUUGCACGAGAAAUAGACUGUUCUAAAUAAUAACUCAUUAAAAAAAAUAUAUAAUCUCUUUGAAGCAGUAGACUAGAUCUUUUACAAUUGACCUAUGAUCUCGAUCAAAAAGAUUGACAUAUUUCUACAUUGAGGAUGAAGAUCGUCUCAACAGUGCAGCGCACCGUCGAGCCGUCGAAGAAGUUCUAUACUCUUCAGCAAACUGUUUUAGUCGAAACGUCGAAAGGGUCGCU